AGCAUACAGCUGAUGGUCGGUUUGUGCAAGUAAUUGACUAUCGAUUACUCUGUCAAUCGAUUAUACAGCUAAUUGCCGGUGCGUGUUUUCGUGUCAUUUCCGCGAAUUAAAUUUUAACUUUUGGGACGGAAAACGUCCAUAUAGUAGGCCAAAAUGCAACGUGCGCGCUUGUUGCCGAGACUGUGCCUCUGCUGGCAGCGUUUAGACCAGCUCCCAGGACGCUUGGCGUGCUCCACGAGAGCCGGCCAGCGUUAUGCAAUUGCAACGCCGGCGGCUUUGACUUUUCCGGCACCGCCACCUGCGCCUUCCAGCCAGCAGCAGCGUUUUCUCAGCACGGAGAGGAAAAGCAGCAAACGCAACACCACAUCGCCAAGGCCGCCAGCAAGCAUCGAGGAGGUGUGGACGCAGCUGGAGGCGUACUAUCAGCAGCAUAGCUUGCUCAACUACGACCACUGCCAGCGAGUGCUUGAGCAUCUGCAACAGGAAAAGACAUCUACGGUAAGUGUCGAGCAGGUGCACUUCUUGCUGGGAUCGUGUGUGCCUGAACUGCUGCCCGCGCGGAGCGCCCAGGAGCGUCAGCAACUCUUCCAGAGCCUGUGGACGCAACUUCUAAAGCUGGGUCAACCCACACUGGCCCACUACCACACGCGGCUUCAGGUAUUGCGCCAAAACCGGCUAUCCCUGCCCGAUCAUCGUUCGCUGCUGGCCGAGAUAGCUGUCUACCAUGGCGCCGCUGAUGCAGGGCUAUACAGCGAUCUGCUAGAUGUGGCCUGCGCGGCAGGCAACAUGCGCCAAGCCAGCGAGCUGCUGGCCGAGAUGCGCGAGCACAACUUCGCCCUCACCGAGCGCAACUUCAACUCGCUGCUUCAGGGCCACGCCCGCAAUGGAGAUCUAGCCGGAACGGAGUCUGUGGUGGGCAGCAUGCGCUCCGCUGGCAUUCAGCUGGGCACCAGCACCACCGAGGCGCUGCGGUUCGAGGCGCUCGUAGAGAACGGCCAGCUUGAGCGUGCCAAGGAAGUGCUGCAGGCGACGACGGGAUUCAGCCAUGCCCAGCUACUUCAGAUGCUGCGGGCGGUUGUCGCUGCCAAUGUGGACGCACAGCUUGUCCAGCAGCUAGUUAACGAAAUGCCGCGCGAGUUUCUCACUGGACUGGAUCUGCCGCCUGCCCUGAAGAGCCUGUGCAUCCAGCUGCUACAUGAGGGACGGCCCGAGGUGGUCAUUCAGCUGGUGGCCGCAUUGCCGGCGCCCAAUCACACCCAGAACCAGAACGUCGACGAGUAUGGCAGCCUGCUGCUGCAGGAAUUCUUCCGUGCCAACAUUCCCUUAAAGGAGACCCUCCAGUUUGCCCGCCAGCUGGUUCAGCGAGGACAGAAUCCUCGCGCCCUACACCUCCUCGUAGAGCUGGCCCUGCGCCGCCUGCCCUCUUCGGCGCUCGGCUGCCUGGAGGCCCUGGCCGCCGCCGGCGAGGAGCUGCGUCCACACUACUUUUGGCCCCUGAUCCUGCACCACUAUCGACGCGAGGGCGAAAGCGGCAUGCUGCGGCUUGUGGCCGAGAUGCAACGCCUGCGUGUGGAGUGCGACGAGGAGACGCUGCGCCAAUACCUGCUGCCACAUCUCAACCAAUCCCUGACGCAGCCAGUGGAGAGCGUGAAGGCACUGGAGGCAGUGGGCGUAAGGCCAUCGCUGUCGCUGGGUCCGGUGCUGGGGAUCCUACUGCAGCAGCACCACCUGCCCGAAGUGAUGGAGCUGCUGAAGCGCUACCCAACGCGUCUGGAGCUCUCGACUCUGCUGCAGCCGCUGGCCUCGCUGGCGGUGAAUGCCCGGGCCACCAAGCGAUAUGAGCCUUUCGCCCAGCUUGUCCAGGCCCUCCAGCAGAAGGCACUCCAGCGAGAUGAGGACUUUGUGGGCGCCCUGCUACUCCAGAUGUGCGGACCGCAGACGCGCCUGCGCAUUGAGCCCGCAGCCCUGCUACGCUUCGUGCACGAGCUGCAACGCUUGGAACUACAACUCUCGCCGGCUGCCGCCGAAGCCUUGCUCUCUGUUGCGCGGCAGGUCCCCAAGGAUGAGGAUAGCGCCCAGGGCAUGGGCAAGGCCUUGCAGAAGAUGCGCAACUCGAAGCUGACGCUGCCGGCGGAUGCCGCCUCCCUGCACGGCGGCUUCAUCAAGCAUCCGCGCGACAUGAGUAUAGACGAGCUAGAGUGCCACCUGGUGGAACUGGAGGCAAAGCAACUGAAUCCACGCGGCGUUUUGCGCCGCCUGCUGCAGCUCUCCGUGCGCAGCGGGCGCCUGGAGCGUGCCCAGCAGCUGCUGGCCAAGUGUCAAGCCUUGAAGGUGCAGACCAGCGCCGGAAUGCUGGCCUCCAUUCUGGAUCUACACAUUAAGCUAAGCGACCUGCCGCGCGCCCAAAAGACGUUGGAGCAACUGAAGAGCACCUAUCCAGCCUUCCAGCUGGACGAGCACAAGCUAAUCGACUUUGCCGCCCUGUUAGUCCGCGGGGAGCAGCUAGAGUCCGCCAAGCAGCUGCUUCGACAGCGGUCGGAAGAGCACAAGAUUGUUGGAGGUGACUAUGUGAUUAAGAACGUGUGGCAGCUCCUGAACAAUGUGGCCCAGGUGGCUGCAUCCCUCCCUCCAAGUAGCACAGAGGAGAAACCCACAAAUCACACACUCGAGAUGCUGGAUUAUCUGCGGAGCCUGGGCUAUUGCCAAUCCCACAAUGCCCUGCUGGGACCUGUGGUGCGCGAGUGGCUCUUGAAGGGUGACUUGGAUGCGGCGGUGGCCGAGUUCCAGCGACUGGCCAGCAAGCACAAGCACACGCCCCUGCAGUUUGAGAUGCUCUCGCUGCUGGUGCGCCUGGGCAAUGGCGAUGAGCAGGAGCUGGCACGCUUCCAGGCAAGCAACACGACACCUCAGACCGCCCAGCAGCAUCUGGCAACGGUCACGACGACCGUGAGCCGCGUCCAUGGAGCGGCCAAUAUGAACAGCGCCCUCCUACUGGCCCUGGCCGAGUCGGGCACGGAGAGCCAGCUGCGCCGGCUAAUAAUCAACCCUGAGUUCCGCAUCAACCAUGAGCUGCUGCUUAAGAACUGCGAGCACCUGGGUCAGGAGGGAGCAGUACGCACGCUGCUCCGCUUGGCACGUGGCGUGCGAGGUGUCCAGCGAACCAUUGACGAGCAGAAGAUCUACGAUCUGCUGCUGGCUCAGUUCUGCCGCAGCAACGACUACGAGGCGGCGCUGAAUCUGUUCGAGCGCCUGGAGGCCGACGACGAGCUGAAGGUGUCGCAGGAGUUCCUGCGCAACCUGGUGCACCUGUUGAACGUGAACCAAGUGGAGAUACCCAGCGGGAUAGCCCUCCGCGCCCAGAUUAGAUAACUGUGAGCAUUUU